AUGAAGUCAACUGUAUCUGCAAAUGAAACAGGCAUUGAAGGAAGAAUUCAAGAAGAGGAAGAAGAAAUGAAAAGACUGGGAGAAAAGGGAGAAACGACAUAUAUGGAAGCUUCAGUAUCACCAUCAGCUGGCACUGGGCUGCCUGGUCUUGGUCUAUCGAUGACACCCUUCUCUAUACCUGAAUCUUCAGUGUCGAUGAAGUCAACUGUAUCUGCAAAUGAAACAGGUUGA